GCGCAGGCGCGUCGGCGAGGGAUGGUUUUUUGAAUCAGCGGCGUUGUUAUUGACGCCAUAUUGCUGGUGUGGAAGAGUCACAGAGGCGCACGGCAGCUCCCGCCGCGGCUAUCUCUCGUCAUCGGCGGCCUCAGGCCGGGUAGCCUCCCGUCGUGCCGCUCCCACCGGCCUAGACACCCUCCCGGAUUCGGCCCGGGGAGGAUUUUCCGCGGGCGGAGCCGACGAGUCCAGCCGAGCCGGGCCGAGAGCUCCGGGCCGCUCCCUGGAGACGCAGGCGGAGCCGGCGGCCGGCAGGCAGCAGAAAAGCCCAGGAGGCGCGUAGCAGUGGCGACCCCGAGCCUGACGCGGCGAGGCAGCGCCUGAAGCGCCUCCUCCGCCCCCCUUCUCCUCCGUUCCCUCCUUCCCCCCCGGUCUCGUCAGCUCCUUCCGGCCCCGCUCGCUCUCUUGGUGGCGAAGGCCCAGCCGGCUCCGCUCCCUCAGCCUCUUCGUCCUCGUCUUCCUCCACCUCCGCCAUGGCCUGCGGCGCCACCCUAAAAAGGACUCUGGAUUUCGACCCGCUCCUGAGCCCGGCCUCGCCGAAGCGGCGGCGCUGCGCCCCUUUGUCCGCUUCGGCGGCCGCCGCCUCCUCUUCCUCCGCGGCCUCCUUCGCCUCGUCCCCGCAGAAAUACCUGCGCAUGGAGCCUUCGCCCUUCGGGGAAGUGUCCACUCGCCUCACCACAGGUAAGCGGGGCCCCGAGGGGCGCCUAGGGCGGGGCACGGCGGGGGGGGGGGAGAGAGAGAGACUCUAGGAUAAGGGGCGAAGGCCGCCUCCGCCGCCUCCCUUUCUUGGCUUGCUUUUCAUGAGUCCGCUUGGCUUCUCCCCCGUCGCCCCGCUUUCUCUUCCCAGCCACCUCCCUUCUCUGCCCCCCCUUUCUUCUCCCCCCCCACCUCUUUUGGCUUCGCUUUCGCCGCGGAGUCGGCACAAUGGAAAUGGCCGCUCGCCGCGGUGGGGGCGGGGAAGUGGCAGCGAUACGGGAGAGGCCGCAGAAAGGGGGUUGAUAAUGGGGCUGAGCCGGUGUAAUGGGCGAAGAGGGGCGGGGAGACUCAGCCCCGCCGGGCUGCGUCUGGGAAAGGGGAAUUUCUCUAUUCAGCACCGCACCUUCCUCCCCCCCACCCCCCUUGGGGGAGAGAGGGCUGCUUGGCUCCUUGUCGUUUGACGGGGGUAAUGGUAUGUGUGCGGAGAGAAAGAGGAACCGAGAAAUUAUAUCGCGAGGGAGGCGGGAUCUUGGCCGGGAAAAAUGUGUCUCUGUCUCUUUCUCCGUCUCUUUGCCCUUCUUUCUCUCCUCCCCGGUGCAGGCGAUCGAUUUGUUGCAGCCAUUAAACUCUUGGGCGUAUGUUGCCUGAGCCGAGGCGGCCGUGCCUCCGCCUUCUCGUUCAAACACCGGGGGAGGGCAGGGAGAGGGACGGAGCGGGGGCUGUCAUCAAUCACCCCAAGGUGGACUGCCUGGGCGACGGCAGGGGCCGGUUCCACGAUAAGAAUUGCAUUUCUCUCCCCCACCCCACCCCCUUCCAGUAUUGAGCCGGGUAUUGUUCACGUCUCCGCGGGGGCUCAAAUCAAUAAAGGCGUUCUUGUAAGAAGCUGUAAUAAGGCAGUGGCUGUUGAACAUCUCUUAGUAAGGAUGAGAAUGCAUUUCAGUGUCACUUCACCAGAAAUGUUAAGGUGAUAACCUGUCUCUUCUUCCUCCUGCACCCCAAGACCUAAUGAAUAAAUUGCAGGAUCAGGUUUCAUUGAAUUACACCUCUGAAGGUAUUUAGAUGGUUGGCCCAGAGUGUGGAUUCCACUAACUGGAUCUAUUCGAAAUCUUAUUCCAUAUAGAGUUCAUCCUCCCCCAAUCAUUUUGUCGUCUUCACCCCCUCCCCCAGUUCUCAAGUAAUUAAUGAAUGUAGGGACCAUUAUCUUCAGUUUAUUUUGCAUAUAUGGAUGUGGCAUUUGGGUCUGAAGAUUAUCUGAGAUAGCAGGCAUAGUAAUUUGCUGGUUUUUAUUAAGCUUUCAUUUCCCAAGAGCUUGUGUUUUCAUAUAGUAAGAAGUGGAUCUGUGUAAGCCACAUUAAUUACAGAAUGCUUGUUGUCACAUGGAAAUAUGAAUAUUUAAAUUAGCCCUUAAAUUUUGCAUCUUGGUAUGUCUACAAUAACUUGCUUCAAAUUAUGUUGGUCUUCCCAUUGUAUAGAUAAUCUCACUUGUGAGAGAUGAUAUGCUCAAAUGUCUGGGACCAUAGCCAUCUCCUGUUAAACCCUGGUGGACUACAUUUGAUUUGAAAAGGGUUAACAAAGUGUGGUAGUUAAAUUAACACCUUUCUCAUUAGUAAAUUAUGUUAGUGGAGUAUGUAUUCAGGACUGCAGUUUAGUUUGAAUCAUAAAGUAGCUAAACAUUGCUAAAUGUGUAAGCAGGAACCAAGGUUGUGUUAGUUAAAUGCUACAUUUAUGAUUGGUGACUUCACUGGAAGUGGAAGUACCCAUGCAAUUAAUAUUUAAUGUAAAUGUGGGUUUAAAUUUGAUUUAGUGAUGUGAACAGCUGGGCAUGUCAAGGAGCUGCAGUUUGAAGGCAUUAGUGGUUAGGAGCACAUAUCCUCUUGAAAAGUGCAGUGCUGCUGAAAAACCCAGAAAAAAGUAUAAAACUAGGUAUUUAAACACUUAGAUGAUCUUCCUUAGAUGCUAAUUGAGACUAAAGACCAAUAAUUCCACAUAGAGGUCUGUUUCAAAAUUAUUUGGAGAUUUGUCAUUCAGAGGUAUUUAGUUUUAAGUAAAUCUUCACAAUGUGGGGCUUCUGUGUAAAUUCUUAUGACUUUGUUCAAAUUGUCCAAUAAUAACUUGGGGCUGAAAUAACCUAGAUUUGUAAUGUCUUACUCCACAAGAAAUACAAUGCUGUGUGGAAUUUAUUUAUUGUAUGUUUCCGGUCUCAGAAACAGGCAUGUGUUUAAUCUAACUAGUCUGUAAAUUAAAGCAUGACAAUAAGGGCCUCAGAUAUGUGCCUGUUUUUCCAUGCCAGAGGAUGAAUUAAAUUGAUGAGUUACAUUAAUCUAGCAAACAUUAGGUUAUACUAAUUUAGCAAAAGAUUUAAAAGAUCAGGUAGCACAUCAAAUAUUCCUGUAUGUACAGUUCAAGAACAUUGAACUGUUAAGCCAGUUAAGUAGACUUUCUUACAUAGGUGUGAUGUAAGGAUUGGUUGCAAUGCUGUCAUAAUAGGAUGUGGGUUUGGUUGCUUUUAAUAAGCAUUGAUAAGGGUACUAAAUACCUUUACAUUCAGGAGACACAAUGAAUAACUUUCGUGUUCUGCAAUGUUAGUUGUUACUGGUUCUGUUAAGGGCAACAAAGUUUCAUGGAAUACAGCUAUUUUAUACAAAACAUAGGUACCACUUGUGUGUUGCCAUCAGUAGUGGCAGUACUCAGUGAUGUGGGUUUUAUUGGACAUUUUUUGUUGCCCUAAUUGAUUGAAAGCUGACUUUGUGGGUUUAUUUGACUUAAGCUUUUAAAAAUAUUAUUUUAGAUCAUUUCUACCCUGCCUUUGGGCUCCCAAGGACGCAUCUAGAUCAGAAACAUGACAACAAAAAUACAGUAUUUUAAUUAAAUAAGUUAAAACUGCAGCAUGAAAGGGCAUCUAACAACUAGGGCAGUCUAAAUACAUCACUCAACAGGAAGGCUUGUUAGAACAGAUUGAAAUCAUUACUGCUCUCCUAAAACUCAAACAUCAACCUCUUUUAGAGGGGAUUUCCAUUAUCUGAGUGCUGCCACUAAGAAGGGCUUGCACACUUGUCCCCAGCAAGUGCACUCCCAGAGUUAGUGGAACAUAGUGCAGGUAGAUUCAUAAGACAAAAUAUAGAAGUAGAGAUAGGGUGGCAGAAAGAUAAUGAAGCGCUAACUCCGUAUCACUAGCAGUGGCCUCCAUGGUUGUUUUUCCCAUGGGUCAGUGGCCCUUAAUAUGAAAAGGGUUUUCCACCCCUGGCUUACUUGGAAAUUAUUUUUACUUCAAUUCUGGCAUGAUAGCUGAGUGACAUAUAAUUCCUUUGCAUUAUUUAUAUUUUAAUAAAUGAAAUGACAGCAUUGUAAAGUAUUAAGUUUCAGCGUGCAUGAAGAAUGAUGCACAUAAAAUAUUUUGUCUAUGAAUAGCCACAUGAAAAAGUUAAUUGCAACUUAGAUUUUAGAUUUAAACUAGUAUAUCCAUUCUAGUUGGCAGAUUUGAAUUUCUAUUGUAUUCAUUAGUUAUGUUACUAAUUCUAUGAAUGUAUUCUUAAAGUGGAGUUUUUUCCAUUGAAAAAGGUAACAUUAGGUUUUUCAUGUAUAAAAAUGUUACGACCCACACCGUCAGCUGCAUUGGACUGGGGUCGAGUUGCUGCAUUAGCCCAGCAAGAGAAGUUUUGUCCUUACAUCAGUUCUGUCAUCUUUUGCUCAUUUCUCAGAGUUGCUGUGUCAGCAUAUUAGCUCAUGCAUCAGACUGUAGACUAAUUGGCUAUAGGAAUUGGUUUGUUAAAAGCAGUUCAAUGUACAGCAUUUCAGGUCUCAAUUUCCCCCUGAAUUUAGGAGGUUGGAUCUUGAGAAGAACAGUGGACUGGUGCAAUGGGGUGUUCUGUCUCUCCCCUCCCCCCUCUUCCCAUUCUUACCCCUUGCACACACCCAACCAAGCUGUUCCUGAGGGUUUACAGAGCCUCUUAGAAUGGCUUGGAAUGGGGCAUAUAGGCUUGUAACAGGAUGAGGAAACAGAAGAAUUACUGGGGUACAUUGCACAAGCAGAAAUACCUUUCUGUUUCACACAAGGCAUGUUUGGAUCUAUGCCAAUGUAAACAUUGAUUUAGGCCAAUCUAGCUUAAUUAAGGAAGAAAAUCUAGCUUUCGAGUUGGUGGGUGUGUCACUAAAAAAAAUGAGCCACCAGCUGUUUUGAAUAGGUAAAUAAGUGCUUUAUUGGUAGGAGAGGAGAAGGGAAACAUUCAGAGUAAAUAUUGUAUCAAAGAGUUCUAAACAUUGUUUGGACAGCUGCUGUGUUCCUGAAUUCAUGCUGAAUUGGCCUUUUCUCUAUGAUUUUUCUACUUGUACAUGUCUGAAAGAAAUUGCAUAUCUUAAAACCUGUAUGACAAAGAUGUAAUUUUGGUGUGCAGUGUAUUUACUUGGAGCAAUCAUGGUGGGAAAAGUACUUUUUAUCUUGGGGAGCUAUAGAGCUUUUUCCCAUCUGGGAAUUUCUAGCUAUGUUUUGGUUAAAUGAUCUGUUUGUACAUCUAGGUUUAAUACCAAUGCAGACACCUGUAGCAUUCCUGUUCAUAGACUCUAGUAUAAAAUCCAAAUAACUAAAAAAGUAUAAGAUCACUUGCCAUAGUAGCAUCUUGAUACUAAACUUCCGUCUGGGCUUUAUCAGUAGAGAUUAAUGUUAAGGAAUCACAUGCCUGCUCCUUUAAUCUUCUACAUUUGAGUGGGAAACCUGUGGCCCUCCAACUGUUCCAUCGUCCCCAGCCAGCAUAGCCAGUGGUCUGUGUGAUGGGAUUUGUAGCUCAGCAACAUUUGGAGGGUCAUAGAUUCCUCAGCUUUUUAUACACACUUACCUGGGACUUGCCACACUUUGAAGUCUGGUAAGUCUUGUCUGUCAAGAUGUCCUCAGAUUGCAUCUCCAUAGAAAAAAAUGUCAAUCAGUCAUGCAGUCUAAAGAAGUUACAGCCCAGACACAAAUUUGUCACCUUAGUGAAAACUAAGUGAAUAGAUGCUUAAAACAAUGCUAUUGCGAUAUUUUUUAAUAGUUGGGUCAUCUGGUAUGUAGUUUCUGACUUUGAUCAGUGCUAAUACUCCUCUUAAGGUGGUUCACGUGUAAGUGCAGGGGUCAGCAAACUUUUUCAGCAGGAGGCCGGACCACUGUCCCUCAGACCUUGUGGGGAGCCGGACUAUAUUUUUUUGGGGGGAGGGGGAUGAACAAAUUCCUAUGCCCCACAAAUAACCCAGAGAAGCAUUUUAAAUGAAAGCACGCAUUCUACUCAUGUAAAAACACGCUGAUUCCUGGACCGCCCGCAGGCCAGAUUUAGAAGGUGAUUGGGCUGGAUCCGCCCCCCGGGCCUUAGUUUGCCUACCCAUGUGUAAGUGCCUAUCCAUCACUUGAUGACUUGCUUGCAUGAGAGAGCCAUCCUAGACUGAGCAACACACUUGCCCAGUCAUCUUGAACACAUACUUCCUUAAUGUUUAUACAUUUAGAUGCUACUCACGAAGCCUUUGGUGUACAUAUGGGCAUUUGGGGGAGUACAUUUGGGGCAUUUAUCCAAUGCUAACCAUAAUAUUUUUUAUUUUUUUUGAGCAAAUUAAAAUAUGACUUCAUAUGAUAUGAUCCAUGCUUAUCCUGCGGUGUCCUUUUUGAACUGUCCUACAUUUCAAACUACAAAUACGAAGAUGGCAGAGCUGGUACAGUUGAUUUGCUGGUAUAAUGUUAUUCCUAAAUUACAGGAAGAGGUAACACUAGUGAGAACUUGAGAAGCAUGUGGAUAUAUCAGUGGCAGCUUUCAGUAGCCGUAACAUUCCAAACAUUUUAAAUAUCAUCUUCAAUAUCUCAGUGUACUAGCAAACCACGAGAACUAUUUUUAGUACUUUUUUGGUCUUUUCUGUUUUUCCUCUUUCUCUGCUUAAAAGAAGAAAAAAUACCACUAACCCAAAAAGGAAAUUUUUUUGUUUAUGUUGCUAGUGUGACCAACUUGAGUUUGAGCCCACCAGUUAAAGAUCAGUAUUAUGUAAUAGGUUUUGCUACCAUGUAUCCAGUCCGUAUUCCAUGGAAUGCCCUUAGUGUAAUAGAAGUAACAAUUAUUGUUGCAUCAUCUUCUAUUGUUUAACAGAGGUUAUGGAGCCAGAGUGGAAAUAUGAAUAUAAUCCACAUUAUUCUUUUGGGAGAUUAGGGGUGGAAUCCAAUGUGUGAGUGGACUUCCACUUGCACAAUUGGGCUUUAGCUUCAUCUGCUGCCCCCUGCACUCCCCCAACCCCCCUGAGCAGAUUUUGAGGGCGUGCGGAGAACUGCAAGGGGAGGAGAGGAAAGUGAAGUCUUGCUGCGCAAGCAGAAGUCCAUUUGGCUUGCACAUGGACAGCUUUGGAUUAAACCCUAGGAUUUACUGCUUUUAGCAGAAUCUUUGGUUGGGGAUUUCCCAGUUCUGCCUGUUUUGGGGGGGUUUGGGUGGAUUUUUUACUUCCUCCUCACCCUCUGGACUAUUCUGUUCAUAUUACUCUAUAAUGGAAAAUAGACUUCUGUUUGUUUUUAUUGGAUCAACACAAUUUGAAGUGGCAAGACAUUUAAGAACUUAAAGGAAGAUGGGAAACUAAUUUGCAAUAUUUCUUUCAACAUAAAGUUGGUCACCUGAACCUUAAUCCAACAAGGGCUGAUCUGGAUGCUCUGGAUUGCUCCACUGAAUGUGUGUGUGUGUGUGUGUGUGUGUGUGUGUGUGUGGAGACUCCCCCCUACACCCAGGACUCUCAUCAGUACAUAGUUUUCAUUCCGGCACAGGUCUUUGAAUGCACUGUCUACCUGCUGCUCCAUUUGUGGAUAAUUUUUUGUUGUUGUUGGGGCUCAGAUCGGUGGCAGGUGGAGCCUCUGGAUCAUGGCUGUUGAUAUGAAUACUUUUUUUGUUUUCUUGGCAGUACCUUGUUUAAAGUGACUAGCUUUUGAACUCCAGGUUUGUCAAACCCAGCAGUGGUGGUAAAUCUAAACUCAAAGAUAAUCAUAAUGGUUGUUCUCAGCAUUUGAACGUAAAUACUGUACUUUGUAAUUCCUUGACACUCAAAUCCAAUUUAAGAUUUUGGGCAGUCCUGGUUAUUUGUCUAAGAUUUAUUUGUGGCUAGUUUGUGGUUGGUGAAGACAAAGCUUAACCACAAGCCAUGGUUUGGACAGCAUGGUCAGGCAAAUCUUGGUGUAGCUCAGCAUGGUGGCAAAAAAUAAUAAUGGAAAAACAAAGUGUUUGCAAGCUGGUGGGAGCCUGCAGGUUCCCACUAAGCUAUAGUUUGGGGUAGUAGAUGUGAACUAGACUCUGACCUUCAUGGCUAGGUGGGGGGUUAUAAGACCUGGUCUCCUAGGUCUUAUUCCCAACAUUCUUAUCUACUACACUACCUUGGCUGACAGUGACACUAUCUUGGGUAUUUUGGGCCUUGUGUCAGGAAUGCUACCAUGACAUUGAAACUAUGCUUACAGUAUGACAAGAAAGUAAGUAUGGAAAUAGCUACCAAUUUAAAAAUUAGAUUUAAAUAUUAUUUAAACAACAUUAGCUUAAAUACAACAUUGAAAGUGAAUAUGCUUCUUUAGUGAUAAUAGUUUCCUAUAUGAGAAGCAUACUCCAAAGAAAGAAAUAAUGUACCAUUGGUUGUUGAAAAGGACUGGACUACUGGGACCAGCAUUCCACAGCCUCCUUUGGUUUCUGCCUCCAAGGCAUGAUUUAGAGAUGCUUCUUAACUGUUCUUUAGAUUACACCUUCUUUUAUAUCCUGUCUUGCUUUCUGGUUAGACCAGGCAUGUCCAAAGUCUGUUACAGGGGUGGGGUGUAAUCUGGCCCCUGUGGCAGUUUAUCUCCUGGGGUAAAAGCUCAACAACUUCAAUCCUAAAAAAAAAAAGGUCUGGUUGGCCCUCACGCAUGCUCACUUCAUCAAAUCUGGCCUGCUUUGGGGGGGGGAAACAGGGCACCCCUGGAUUGGACUAAUGCAGCCUCUUGAUAUUUUCUGUGUAGUGUCCCAAAAAGUGAAAAUAGACAGUUUUAAGUUUUACUUUUUCUACAUACAGGUAUUAGCUGAUAUUUUUCAAAAGCAAUAUAUGGAUUUAUUUAUUUUUUAAUGGGAACAAAUACUGAAUGCAAAAGGGGAUAGUUUUCACACUGUGAGAUUCUCACAGUGUGAGAAUAGAUUCAAUCUAUUGAAGGUUUAGAACGGGUUAGGAAUUCGGAUGCUAAAUGUAAAAAAAAGGAAGUUUCUUAAUGUUAACAAAACAAGCAUUCCAUUAUUUUAUUUUAAUUUUUGUCUAACUAAUAGAUGCUUGAACUUCUCAAAUCCCACUCUUAUCAGGGUUUGGCUAACCCAUGUUUCUCCAGAUGUUGUUGGGCUACAACUCCCAUUUCUAACCACUGCCACACUGGUGGGUUUGGGAAUCCCAACAUGUGGUGGGCCACAGGUUAGCCACUCUUGCUGUAGACUGGAAUGACUAUUCUAAUGAGUUGUUGAAUAUUACUUUAUUUGAUAUAAGUUGCUUAUUUUAAAGUUACGUUUUAUUAUCACAUUUUUGUAUUCGAUUAGAUUGUUAUAAGGUGUACAUACUUUGUUUCUUCAGCUUGUAAACCGCCGUGGGUAUAGUAAAAUAAAAAGGCGGUAUACAAAUUAAGAGAAAUGGAUCUGUAUUGUACUGUAUAUCUUAAACUGGUUUGAAUCCUGUGCAACUUCACUUAUUAGCUGAGGUGUUGAAGCUACUGUGCUGUCCUUUCCGAGAGAACAGAUUUUGCUACUCUUUCAUUGUUGCCUUAGCAAAGUGCCUGGUUUCAUCUUACAUAGGACUUUAUAGCAGAUCAGGAAGUUACUGUUACUCUAGGAUUUUUAGAGUGAAAGUUUUUUUUUCAAAAAAAGAAGAGAGAUACAGUAAUAAUUUUUAAAAGUACCAUAAUGAGACAACCAUCUGGGAAUGUUUCCAAGGUUGGACAUGAGCAAACGCGCCCAAGUAAUGGAAGUGACUCUGUAUAUUUACUCAGUUGGUAUUUGCAAGCAGACUAGAUGAGGCAAAAGAGGCUACAUUAACUGCCUUAAAGGAGAUGGUAGUAGUAUACCCCAUGGUGUCUGGAUCUAGAUUGGCUUUUGGUGGCAACAAGCUAAUUCUACAGUCUAGUAUGAUGAAUUCUGGCAGAUGUGGGGGAGGGGGUGAAAUUAAAGGUGGCAUGUGCAUCUUGGUGUUCUGAGUUUACAUGUGGAAAUCUACCUUGCAAGACCUGCAAGCUGAAAUUGAAGGGGUGGGGAGAGAGAAUCUGCACUCUGAUUACUUCUCCCCCGCCAGCAGUGUUGGGGGAUGCAUUUCUGUAGAAGUGCUUGCAUGAGACUUAAGAAAGAUGCUUCUGCUGUGGAUACCCUUCUGCAUGGGAUAGAGGAGAAAGACACAAUCAGUCUUACUACAUUUGCCCCACAAAGCAAGUGCUGUAGAUAGGGCUGGUUGCUUUCCCCUUUUGUUUCUUUCUGGUGAAGUGCAGGGAAGAGUGCAGAUCUGUAAGGGAGAGCAUGCAUAUUUGCCCACCAGACAGCAGUCUAGAGAAUAUUAUCAUAAGAUCAAGAGAAGCCAUAAUGGAAGGGGAUGGUGCACAUUUAAGCCAGUAGUGCAUUCAAUGUACAGCAAUAUUUCAGAAAUGAAUUAUAACUAAUGCAGUGAUGUACGUUUUUAAUGGUAAUACUUAGUUAAGUUUAAUGAGAUAAUGUGAUGCAUAAUUAUUCAGAUCUACUUUGGAAAAGCAGCACAGAUUAUUUUGCAUAUGUGGCCCAGUCACAGAGUCAGUAUGCAGGAGAGUAGAAACAUCACAUCUACAGAAAUAAGGAGGUACUGACAACAUGUUCAUGGAUCUUGUCCUUGAUUGUCUAGUGCCUUUAAAGCCGGACUAAAUCAGGGAGGUGGAAUGAAUGUAGCUGCCACCAAAUCUAUGUCAUGGAACGAUGGUUCGCAAUUUAACGCUUGUGACCUGUCAUUUUUCUCAAUAUUCUUUUAGGACAAAGUGGAGGUCAUAGUAGGCUGGUAGUGGAUCCACAUUGAGUGGAGUGGAGUGCAACUACUGAGGGAGCUUUGAUUCAGUGUUCCUCUCUGCUAACAAAAGGGGUUUGGAGGCAAGUUUUGCUGAUUCCCUCCCUUGCAUUCCACCUUGCUCCAAUCAUUUCCCUUUCUGUUAACAGAGACCUCUGCUAGAUGUAACCAUUUAGGCCCCCUACCUGUUGCUGCUUAGGAAUUUGUGUAGGAAAGAACAUUGCUGGAGUUUAUAAUACAAAAUUUUAUCUUUUGUGGUGCAUAAAUUUAACUUCUUAAAAAGUGUAAUUCAUUGAAAAUUAUUUACCGUAUAUGCUCUUAAUGUUUUGACAGAACUACAUAGCCACACUUCUAAGAUGCAUACUAUAGUAAAUCAGCACUUAUAUAGUCAAUGUAACAUGUUUGGGUUUUGAAAUCUUUGCUAGACUAAUAAGCAGAAACAUAAUGAAUAUGUUCUCCUUUUUCUAGAGCAAAUUCUGUACAAUAUAAAACAGGAGUACAAACGCAUGCAGAAGAGGAGACACCUAGAAAACUUUCAGCAAACAGAUCCCUGUUGUUCUACUGAUGCACAGUCACAAGCAUUUCUCCUUACUGGACCAGCUUUGCCAGGUAAAAGUUUUAAAGUAAACUUGCAUAACAUUUGAUAAUUUGGAUCCUAGGUAAGUUAUGCGUGUCACUAGGAAAAAAAUCUGUGGAAGGAAGAGUUUUAUUUGAAGAGGAGAUAUACUCUGUUAGUAUGAACAGUGGAAACAAAUAAGAGCAUAUUCAUAAGAAACUCUUUAUCUGCUCUCUUCCAGAUAAUCAUUGAGAGAAUAUACUUUUAAAUGGGCUGUUGCCCACCCUUUUUGAAAAGGGUACAAAAAGUUGAGUAUAAAAUAAGAGCAACAUACUAUAUACCAGGGACGGGAACCUCAUUCAGCCUGAGAGGACAUUUUAACAAAACAGGCCAACAUACAUGCUGGCAAGCCAGCAGAGAUUCCUCUGCCUGACUUUUAAGAGCAACUAGCAAAUGGGACAUCAAGCCAUAUUUUAUAUGUUUGCAGACAAAUUACCUUGUGGAUAUUCUGAGAUGUUGCCAAUACAUAUUGUAAAUAAUUGACAGGCACUUAACUUAGACUGUUGUCUUCAAAAGCCAUCAUACAGAGAAAGUUACACACUAAAAUCUAUGGAAAUAUAAAGCACAGUUGACUUCGCUUUGGAUUGUGACAGAGGUUGCACUCACUGGUCAAAAAUCUGAUCCUCAAACCAGCUACAAGUGUAUUCUAUACACUCAUCAGUAAUUAGGAGGCUCUCUAAAAUAUACCUUAAUUACCUAUGAAAAUACUUUUUCAUAGGUACUUCAUCUGCAGCAUCAUCGCCACUGAAAAAAGAACAGCCCCUCUUUACUCUCAGACAAGUUGGAAUGAUAUGUGAACGCUUGCUCAAAGAACGUGAAGAGAAAAUCCGUGAAGAGUAUGAAGAAAUUUUGACCACAAAACUUGCAGGUAUGACAAAAAUAAACAAUGCAUGAAACUUGCAGUAAUUAUACAUUAGUCAGUAGUGAGCUGUUACAAAUAAAUCUCUGUCUCCUGAGUAAUAAUUGUAGCUGAGUUCUUGUGAGUUGGCUCUAUCUGGAGGAGGUAGGGCUGAUCCUGUUCCUUUCAAUUUGCUGCAAGAUAUUUCUACUGUAGCGUGGGAAGGGAUCCUCCACAUGUUUAUGGACAACAGCUCUUAUCUGUGGCUAUUGACCAUGCUGGCCAGGACUGGUGGGAGUUUGUGUCCAGCAUCUGGAGGACCACAGGUUGCCCACCCCUGCUGUAGGAUGGCAGUCACAAAAUGAUUACUAACCAAGUUGUAUUCCUGCACCAUGAUGCUGAGCAGGAAAAGUAGCUUGGCUUGGCUGAGCCACUUGAGUUCUCACAUGUUGCGCUAAAAACAUUCCCAACAUAAAUGCUCAUCACAAUUUGCUCUGGGCUUUAGUUUAGGUUAACUGCCUGUGUAGAAAGCUGACUUUUGUUUGGAUCUGAUGAUCCUUUGCCUGCUUUUAAAUUAUGACAAUACUUAGACCUGACAAUAUGUCACUUUGCUGGCAGAUGAUAUCAGGGCAUGAGUGUGCUGGAUGCCACCUGUUUAGUCCACAAUAUCUGUGCCCACAUGUAAUGAUGAAAGACUUUUUCUAGUUAAAGGGAGGAUGUGAGGCCUUCUCUGACUUCCUUUUAUUACAUCUAGACAGAGUGCUAUAAGGGAUAAUAAGUCAGCAGGUGCUUAGGCACAAUGCAGAGAGCGCCAACUGACACACAAAGAGUGUAGUGUGCUUAAUGUGAAGUGCUUCCUUUUUCCUGUACUGGCUGUGUUCUGUAGAGUCUGUUCAAGCGAUUGUUACAUUUGAUUAUUCACUUGGAAUAUUCCUUGCUUAUAGAACAGUAUGACGCAUUUGUGAAGUUCACGCAUGACCAGAUCAUGCGACGAUAUGGAGAACAGCCUGCAAGUUGUAAGUAUUUUGAGCUAUCGCCCAUGUUGUUGCAGAGAGACCAACGCCCCCAUCCCUGAGCAUAUUGGGAGUGGGGAGCCACAGAAAUUGCCUCCACUUCUUAGGUUGGGGGUAGGGGGAAUCCUGUGAGCAGAACUCUUCUCAGUGGAAUCUAGGAUCCACGCAUUGGUUUUCUGUAUGCUGAGGCAAGUUGCAGUUUAGUGCUAGAGUUUGAUUGCAGAAUUUUGUGUGCUGUUCUCCCUGAUGCAAUUCUUUCUUUCUCUUUUCAGAUGUUUCAUGAAUCAUGUUUUCUGCAUAUGUGGGCAGCCCUGAAACCCUGUUCUAUUGUUGCAAGCUGUCCUUUAAAGACUUGCAACAAUGCCAUAUUCCCCCUUCCCCCCUCUGUAUACACUGGUUAUUUCAAGCUUUUGUCAGUGGCAACCACUCUUAUGCAGCAACUGGUUUUGGAGUGCUCCCUGAUGUCAGUACCACCUGGAUGUGGACCUUUGCUACCUGUUAAUACCAGUGGUCUCAUUUGCUGUAUCAUUACAAUUUGGCUUAUGUUAAUAAGUUUGAAAAGUAAAAGGAUUAAAGCUGGUGUACUAGAACUCUGCCCUUCACUGGUUGUGUAAAUAAAAGUGUAGAAUGACACUUCUGACUGAAGUUAGUGUGGUUUUCAUAACUGUGCACUGCAAAGCUAUAUUCACAGUUAAAUUAGAAUGUAAUUCCUGGACAAAUUUAAAGCAAAUAGCCCACAGUACUGCCUGUGAAAUAGUGAAGGAGGGCAUUUCUGUAUUCCAUGACUUUUUGGGGGGUUAAGAAUGGGUUUAUAUAAUUUCUCAUUUUUGUAGGUUUUAUUUAUUCUAUCAGUCUUUAACAAAUGUUUAUUGCUGCAAUUUUUCAGUGUAUCAUUGUUUUACUGCCCUUGUAGUACUGGAAUUUAGUUGAAAGAAUAAACAUUUACUUCU